GACAAUAUGGGUGUGAUCGAUGCUUACAAGCAUGGACACAGUCAGAAUCAUCAUACUAACGAUUCCAUCUGGUGCAUCAACAUCAUCACCAUGGCUUCAAAUCUAGUCUUCUGCCCUGUCUAUGUCAACACCGAAGACAAUCUUGCUGACCCAGUCUCUUAUGGUGCACUAGGCACCUGGUUGUCUCAUCUGCCUCAAUCAUUUGAGCUUCCAGUGGAGCUUCAAGCGUACUUGACUUAUGUCUAG